GAACCUGGGGUGGACAGCUCCCUCAUGAAAACACAAGAAAUUCAGCACCAUGGCGAUUUUAGUAGGUACAUAAGAGGACGGCUUAAAACACAUGCUACUUCUGGACACUUCUAAAGAAAGGAUUUUUGUAUGACACCUUUUUAUCAGCAACGAACGAGUUUCACUGCAGGACAAAUUGCGUCUCGUUUGAAAGGAUUAUCGGUGUGUAAGCUACAUUUGUGAGUUUGGGAAAACAUUUCACUCCUGUCGUACACCUUCGUUUUACACAUUAAUAUUACAUAUGAAGCGAAAACACGUUUUAAACGUAUGGUCGACCCGCCUGCUGUUCUGGCAGACGCUGACUAAUCUCCGACAGCAAAAGUAAAGCUGUUUGCAGAGCCAUUUAUUGUGAAGCCCGAUUGCUCUCUGUCAGAACAGGGAACAUGGCUGGAAAGGAAUUUGCUAUGACGAGAGUGCUGAGUGGAUUCGUAUGGCCGCUCCGCUCCCGUGGAAACUAGACGGCAGUGCAUUAAUACCUGAAGCACAACGCACCAUUUUAACACUUAGGUUGAACUACUUUUUUUCAUUGCAAUAAGGGAAUAUUUAUUCUUGGACAAACAUGGGAAAAGAGGAAUGCAAAACAAUGCUGGACGCCUUAAAUAAAGUGACGGCUUGCUACAGGCACCUGGUCUCCGCUCUUGGCAGCACAUCAGAUUCCCAGAACCUACGCGAGGAGCUUAAAAAGACUCGCAAGAAAGCUCAAGAGCUUGCUGUGGCCAAUAGGACUAAACUAACAGCAUUGCUGAAAGACAAAACCAUUAGCAAUGACGACCGAGCGGAGUACGAGCGACUAUGGGUGCUUUUUACCAGCAGUAUGGAAAUCUUAGAGGUUGAUAUGAAAAGGUCCCUGGAGAUCGGUCAAGAUUUCCCGCUGAAAGUGCCCACACGGCACUUCAUCCAGACGGGAAUGACUGGCAGCACCACAACAGUAGCAUCCCGAGCUAUGAGUGUGCAGAAUAUGAAAUAUGAAGCCGACGCAAACAUCGAUUUAACAGAUCUGAGAGAUCUGGAGGCUGAGAUUGCUCAGGUUGACCAGAUGAUGGAAGACAUGGAGAUGAAGGUCCAAGUGGCGCCUUGGGCGGUGGAAGCUAAGCAGGAAGCGGGAGCUGAGUUAAGAUCCACCGCUAGCAUUGGAAACUCAUCUGUUGGUGUCAUCUCACUUUGUGAGGAGGAAACGAAGGAACGGGGAAGCUGGACUGAUGGCGAAGCUGGACUGAUGAGGGUCUUCGCGGGAAUUAUUUUCACCGUAGUUUUACUUAUUGCUGGGAUUCUAGGAUACUUGAUUAUUAAUCUUUGAAUUAGAGUCAUGCUAAACGAAAGACCUCCUACAGCACUGUGGCCGAAAAUGUGAGCACGUCUACAUUUAUCUUAGCCUGCCAGGGUGUAUAUGGCUCGCACUAAAACGCAUUCAGGGUUAGAUUGUCCGUCUGAAUGUAGGCUACACGGUAGCAUUAUGUCACGAAGGAUAGCUUGACGAGCGCUGAAUUGAUUGCCGUUGUGUAUGUGAUAAGUGCGCUUCAUCACACUGGCAAUAUUAUAAUGCAGUUUUAAUAGGUCACGGGAACGUUUUUUUUUAUUGUAAGAGAAGAGUAGAUCCACAGAACGCCAUGCUCCACUGACAGCGUCGUGUAGUGGUUAAAAUAUCAAAACGGGUUAGGCAGAACAAAUCGUGUCCGUCAAGCAACGUUCCCGUCUCACUGAGAAAUAAUACGCGUCUUAACAGGGCUCUGAAAGAUUAUUGUAUUGGGUUCCUGCACAGUGAUAAUGAGGACCUUGAGAAAACACUAAGCUGUAGACAUUUUGAAAUUCCCUCAGUGGCUUUCGGUGUCAUGGGGCUCCCCAAUCACAGGAGCAGAUAGGUUAGACUAAUAAUUUAAUAGAAUUAUACUUGUAACUGAUAUAACCAGAUGGAGCCAGAUUUUUUUUUUUUUUAAUGAACAGUGUAGGGCUAAAUCUCACUAUGUUAGGCAUAUCCUAACAUAGUGACAUAUGUAGACAUAAAUCAACAUUUUGAGCUCAACUCAAUAAAUGCACUGCAAGCAUCUUUACUUUUAACAUGAAAACAAUGUUUCACAUUUAUCACUGGAGCCAGUAUUACAUUUAAAUCUGUAGUUUAGACCAGUUAUUUGUUAUGCGCUAUGUCCAUAUUUUGGACUGCACAAGCCUUAGUGUCUCAAGUAUUUUAAAAUGCCAUUUAGAUUUUACACUAGGAGUGUGGAACCAUAGUGUUUCUGUGCAUACUCAGCAAGAGUUAUAUAGUAAAUACCACAAAGUUCAAGGUGUACAUACAAUUUAUUUAUUUAUUACAAUAAAUAAUGUGAACAA